AUGAUUGACUCGCCGAUCAUCCCGAUAUUUCACUUCUUUAUCUACAUUGUAUCAGGGAUCUCCGCACUGCUCGGCUUUACAACGAUCUGUGUCAUCGCCAAACAAACACCCAAUACAAUGAGAGUCUACAGUAGAUUCUUGCUGCUAUACUUGGGUCUUGAACUGAUCUUCACAAUCUUUCAUGGACUGGGCAUGGCGGCGGUCACGAUUUUGCCAGUUAUCGGAUUUUUCACCACCGGUUUCCUCGGGUUUCUUGGAUUCACGGGGAGGUCGCAAUUGGUGAGUUUGACUCAUCGUUUGUUUGACGCU